UUUGAUUAUAGGUCUUUAACUGGCACUAGGGCACUACUGGCAGUAGUCCAAUAGCUGCGGACUGCUAAGGAUAAGGACAUAGUCAACCCUUGGGUUUUGUUUGACUGGUUCGAAAGCGUGAUACUGUGUCCCUUCAGGGACAGAAAGCCAAACAGAGUAAAGAAGAAGAAGAAGCUGCAGACUGCUGCAGACUCAAAACUCAGAAAGCGUGGUACUUUGUCAACUUUGUCCCUGAAGGGACGGUAAUCCAAAGGGCAAAGAAGAAAAAGUCUAUGGCGGGGCCUGACGAGGUCUAACCUGGUUUAACCAAACAUCGAGACCAUUCCGCUAGCUUUUCGAUCUGGCUGCGCAAAGUUUAAAAGUAGUUAAAAAUACUCACUGAUGAACCUCCGCCAAGCCAUAAAUUGCUUUGGAUUUUUGUUUCUCGGAUCUUUCAUUUCAAGUGAUUGCCACACAAAUCUUACCGAUUAUGGCUUCGAAAGUUACGCUUUCCCAGGCUCUGGGAACGGACGGCAGCGAUUAUAGUCAUCGACAGAAAAUCGCGACACACUAUCAAGUUAGUGCAACAAAUAAAUCAAGACUCAAAUAUUGUAUAUUUUUUCAUUAUCUAUUAUUUUUUGUCAUGCUCGCUAAACUGUCUGCCGAUAUAUUAGAUCAUCUGGAUAUAUUUAUCUUGGAAAUUGAGGAAUUACAAAUACCACAGCCACUAUGGUGGGAAUACAUAUGGUGCACUAGUUUGUUAUUAUCUUUUCUCGCCCUCUCUGCGAUUAAAAAAAAUAGGAUUAAAACACUACAAAAAUAUAUGAUAGGUAUCAUUCUAUUAGGUUACGGUCCAUUGGUUUAUGCCAUUGUAUAUUAUUUUAAAGAUGUCUGGACAUAUUUAACUGUAGGCAAAACUGAGGAAAUUCAUUUGUGGCAGAGUCUGCCAUAUGGCGUACUUUGGUACGCUUUUAUUCUUUUAGCCUCACAGGUUCAUUGUUUUUCCUUGUACUUUUCGUGGAAUCUGUUAGUUGCAUGGAGAACGCGAGGUGCCAAAAGAAUUGACUAAACUCGAGAGGCAACUGUAACGUUCCACAAAUUAUGUUCACCAUCUAUAAAUUAUGGACAUGUAUUUUGAAAUGUGACCUAUAUUUAUUAUGUGUUUGCCAUAAAAAGGAAAAAAUAUUAUACAACUGUUGUCUGAGAGAGAAAAAGCAUCCAAAAUCUGUAAAAACAACAUAAAAAAUGUAUAUAAACGAAAGUAUAUUAUUGUACUAUAUAUAUAUAUGGAAAUACACACACGCACAAAUUAGAUUUAUAUUCUUUCAAACAAUGUCUUGUGCGAGUACUUUUUUUCCGAA